AUGCAACAGAAGAGAUCCAAUACAACAGGAGAGAUCCAAUACAACAGGAGAGAUCCAAUACAACAGGAGAGAUCCAAUACAACAGGAGAGAUCCAAUGCAACAGGAGAGAUCCAAUACAACAGAAGAGAUCCAAUACAACAGGAGAGAUCCAAUACAACAGGAGAGACCCAAUACAACAGAAGAGAUCCAAUGCAGCAGGAGAGAUCCAAUACAACAGAAGAGAUCCAAUACAACAGGAGAGAUCCAAUACAACACGAGAGAUCCAAUACAACAGGAGAGAUCCAAUACAACAGGAGAGAUCCAAUACAACAGAAGAGAUCCAAUACAACAGGAGAGAUCCAAUACAACAUGAGAGAUCCAAUACAACAGGAGAGAUCCAAUACAACAGGAGAGAUCCAAUACAACAGAAGAGAUCCAAUACAACAGAAGAGAUCCAAUACAACAGGAGAGAUCCAAUACAACAGGAGAGAUCCAAUACAACAGGAGAGAUCCAAUACAACAGGAGAGAUCCAAUACAACAGAAGAGAUCCAAUACAACAGGAGAGAUCCAAUACAACAGAAGAGAUCCAAUACAACAUAAGAGAUCCAAUACAACAGAAGAGAUCCAAUGCAACAGGAGAGAUCCAAUACAACAGAAGAGAUCCAAUACAACAGAAGAGAUCCAAUACAACAGAAGAGAUCCAAUACAACAUAAGAGAUACAAUGCAACAGGAGAGAUCCAAUACAACAUAAGAGAUCCAAUACAACAGGAGAGAUCCAAUACAACAUAA